UGAAGGCGACUUAUCAAAACAGACUAGUAGAAAAUCUGCAGAUAUUAUUAUCAAUUUGCUACGAUAAUAGAAAUAAUAAGCCUAUAAAUAGCAUUACUGCUGAUACGCGCUACAUUUGUUACUAUGGCGUUCAGAGACAAGGUCGUUCUAGUGACCGGUGGAAGCUCAGGCAUUGGCAAGGCCAUAGCCAUACAUUUCUCUAAAUAAAAAGCUAAAGUAGUCAUCAUAGGUCGUACCAAAGCGACCAUAGAUGCAGCAAAGGACGUUUGUACGGCCAACAGUGGGAAUGAAGCUAUGGGGAUACAAGCGGACGUCAGCAAGGAUGCUGAUGUUGAAAUGAUUGUCAAUAAAGUCACUGCAACAUGCGGACGGCUGGAUGUGCUAGUGAACAAUGCCGGGGUGUUUAUUUCUGAUGAUAUAUUUACGGCUACUAUGGAUAAUUUCAACGCGCAUAUAAAUACGAAUCUGAGAGGGACUUUUAACCUGACGAGGUUGUUCGUGCCACUUCUUAUCAAGUCACGGGGUAAUGUCAUCAACAUAUCCGGAGUGGAGGCGGUCAAGUACUGGGAAGGGCUGUUGACUGACAGCCUGUCAAAGGUGGCGAUACAGCAUUUGACGAAGUAUGUCGCUUACGAACUGGGUCCGAAGAAAGUUCGCUCUAACUCUGUAGCUCUGGGCUAUGUCACGGGCACGAAGAUUAUAGAAAGAGCGAAUAUAGAUCCCGAGGAGUUCGGUCGAGGGUUUCUCCCGAGCGUACCACUUGGAGAGUUCAUUAAACCAGAAGACGUGGCCAAAACUGUGGCCUUCAUAGCCAGCGACGAUGCCCGACAUAUCACUGGACAGAACAUAGUUAUGGACGGAGGGUUCAGUUGCUAUUAGUGCGAAGAACAUCUAACAUUAUUCAAUACGCAAGACAGAGAGAAGAUAAGUUUGUUGACAACCAUAGAAAACAGAAGAGGAAAGAUGCUUGGACACCUGCUACGACACAACGAAUUUAUGAAAAACAUCUUGAAGAGAUUGAAAGGGGAGUUGAAGCAAAUAGAAAGAGGGGGAGACUAAGGAGAGCGUACGGAUAUUCUGGCUAGGUUGAAAGUGUUGAAACAAUGUGAAUAAAUAACUAAAUAAACGUCACAUUUUUACAUACUCGUAAGUUCUACGUUUGUGAUGGUUUUGCCAUUGUUUCUUGGCAUUGUUGAAUUAAGGGGCUGAAUAAUUUCAUUAAAAACGCGCUAAAAUAUCUGAGUUUGACCGUAAACAUGUCACUUAUGUUUGCUCCCUUCGUUUGCGAGGGAUGAUGAAGAUGCAUUAGUAAAAACUAUCGAUUGUUCGUCCUUGGGCCUCAAACUAUCUCCGUUACAAUCUGAAUCGGUUCAACCGUUUAAGCGUGAAUAAGGAAUAGAUAGACAGAUACAUACAUUAGCUAUCGCAUUUAUAUACUUAUUAUUAAUUAAAAAGGAUGACUGUACAAAAUGUUUGGUAGCAGCUGUACUUUUUACAACAUUGAAUUUUUAAUGUUUGUUGAAGAAAAGAAAUUUGUGUUAUGGUUUGGAUUUAUGGUAGGGCAAUAUGUGGUUUGGGAAAAGUAUGGCGGUAAUUAAAAUAUAAUUUUUACACAACUGUUUUAA